UCUUCUAUUCUGUCAAACAACGUAAACAUGGCGAGUGAUUCAGAUGAUUUCGACAAGAAUAUUGAAAAUUUAAAAUCUACAGUAAGAAAGUCCUUCGCUCGCUUAUAUGCAGCUCUAAAAGCCAGAGAAUUGAAGACGUUGAGGCAACUAGACGCUAUACGUAAACAAUGCCAAGAUGAUAAAGACUUAAAAAGGAAUUGUGUUCAAAACGUACAAGUAUGUUACGCCAAUGAGUCCACGUUAUUAAAUAGUAUAAGUAAUUACGGUGUAAUCGAUUUUGAAAAGCUUAAUUUUGAUAGUAAUACUUUUACAUUAGAAGACUAUGUUAGUCCUAACGACGAUCACAUGUAUUCAUAUAAAACUAUUGAAGAAUUGACGAAGGAUGAGGAUAUUAAUGAGCUAGAGGCUAUAGAAGAAGCUGCUCUUAAGGAAGUGACUAGAACAGAGAAUUGUGUUUGCUACGUCCAAAUAAAGGCAGGAGAUGUAUCGAAAAAAUUUAGAAACUUAGAUUCAAUUGUGUCCCCUUUAAAAUCCUGUGAUGUUAGUGUAAAUAGUACAGAGAAUGAUGAAGUGGAUAGUUCUGAAAAUGUUGGGGAGGAUGAGAAGAGUGAUUGUUCAGAGGAAGUGAAAAAAAUAAACCCGACUGAUGAUUGGUUAAAUACAAUUAAGAGUCACACAGAGACCGAGCCAGUCCAAGCAGAUGCUAUGGAGCACAGUACUAUUACUUGCUCUUAGCAAUUACUUAGUUUAAUGUUUAUAUCAGUUUUACCAGAAUUUUGUUACUUAAGUCAAAUGGAAUAAAGUUUUAUAUUUUACUUAAAAAAUAAUAA